AAACCGAAUUGAAUAAAUUUGACACCAUUUGUCACUUGGCUGCGUUGAAAGAAAGUGUCAAACUGUCGAAUGUCAAAAGCGUGAUGUGCCUGAUGAGUUUAUAAGCAACCGUCUAACAUCGCGGAGGUAAACAAAAGAAAUGUUGAUGUCGAACAGUUUGGUACAAGAGAAAUACCUAUCAUUUCAGUUUUAAUGUGUGGUUUAUGUCCGAGAGUUUUGUUUUGAUUUGAUUGGUUUGUGCAAAGAUUUUUUCUUUAAUUUUUUCGAAAUAAAAAAUGUGAAUAAAAAAAAGAAUAAAUAAUAAGAUUUAGAUUGUAUAUAAUUGAGUGAAGCAACAAAAAUAGAGCAAACUUCUAUUAGGCCCGGAAAUCAAUUAAAUUGCACACAGGUGUCCUGAUCUUCUUCACCUAACGAUAAAAAAAUUAACAUUUUAGCGAUGACACGACGAGAUUCUGAUUGAAAAACAAGUAAAUCGUAAUAUGAGUUGAAUCGAAACGGUUGUCAAGGGCAAAGUCAAACACAAAAAUAGAGGCUGGCGGUUCGAUUUUCUCUCGUCCAAAUUUCUAUGAGCAUCUGAAUGUUCCCAUGCUUUUAUUUUGGCCUCAAUGUUAUUGUUGCGCUACAUAAUUCAGUAGGUGUUUUUCUCCGAACCAUAAACAUCUGUUGUUGGUGUAUCGUCCGAGUGAUGGUAACAACAAAACACAGUUUUUCUCUCUCUCUCAUACAACACGUCACGACGAUGAGAUAAGUGUGGUCCGAUGGAUGCGAGCAACAGAGCCACAAUAUACUGUCAAAAUACACAUUCACUUGGACAGAAAAAUACACACGCACACACACAUGCUACUCGCACCGACACAAUGUUAUCGUCAGCCACAAAGCAAUCGUCAAUCGCGAUGUGAUGAUGUAUUUAACGCUACGAAUGGUGUAAAUAUACGCGUAAAUUUGUGUUUCAUCGAGAGAAAAAAUGGUAAAGUGAGACAAGAAAAUUUCUGCCGAAAUUCAAGUUAUCAAUAAACAUGUUUUUUCGUCACAUUAUCGACAGAUGUCCGUGUCGAUUUUACGAAAUAAAAUUCAAUUUGCAAACGAAUUUCUGUCGUCAAAGUUAUCGUGUGUGAUUUUUAUGUGUCAAAAAACAAGAAAGAAAAAUCUUUUCAUAUAAAGCGAACAAAAAAUAUGACGCAAAACUUGCGAUCAAUGAAACAAAACACCAAGUACAUCAGUGAAACAAUUUUUUAAUAAAAAGUCGAAUUUCUUUCUGCGCGCUGGCGUUUGAGCGCACGGCAGACGGAGGCAAAAUGAACAUUAUAAAAUGGAUGAAUUUCAUAUUAUUUCUCAUAUGUGCGUGUUAUCUGGCACAAAUCAGCGGCAACGAUGUGACGUCCACACAAGAACAAGAUUGUACCGAUAUUGCUAGAGACGACGAACCGUUGCUGGUGUUCUCAACAUUAGGGGGCGGAUUGACGGCUGUCGAUCCACACACCAGCGAAGUUCGAUGGAGCAUUGAUGAUGACCCAGCGAUAAGAGCGCCCGUACACUCCGAAUCGAAUGUUUCGCCGUAUUUGCCUGAUCCGCGUGACGGAAGUCUCUAUCAACUGGGUGAUAUGGGUAGUUUAAAAAAAUUGCCAUACACUAUACCACAGCUGGUGGCCAGUGCACCAUGUCGUUCAAGCGAUGGCAUUUUAUAUUCUGGGAAAAAGAAAGAUACAUGGUUUUUAAUCGAUCCAAAAACGGGUAAACGAGAAAAAGUCGUGGGUUUUGGUGCGGAUAGCAAGGAUUCAAUUGGAUGGGCCACAUCACGAGCCGUUUAUUUAGGUCGAACACAAUACACCGUAUUGAUGUAUGAUAGUCAAACAAAAGACAAAAAUGCAAAACCAUGGAAUGUGACAUUUUUCGAUUAUACAUCAAAUUCCAUGGCUCCAGAAGUUUCAAAUGAAUAUGAAUUCCUACAUUUUUCUGGGAGUAGCAGCGGGUUAACGGUAUCACUGGAUCGUAAGUCGGGAACGUUUUUAUGGCAAAAAGAUAUGUCCAGCCCAGUUGUAGCUGUUUUUCGACUUACACCAAACGGUUUGAUGAGCGUACCAUUCACAACGGUUUCGGAUGGUGCUUUGAAUAGCAUCAUUGAAUAUGCCAGAGAUGGACAACAAAAUAAUAUGAAAUUGUUCCAAAGUCUCUAUGUGGGCGAGCAUAUUCACGGACUAUACGCACUACCUACCUUAAUUGAUGAGAAUACAAAGACGAUAUCGAGUGAGCCGAUGAUGAAAUUACUGGAUGGUCCUGUCGCAAAUGACAAUCCAAAUUUGGUGUACCUGAACACAAUAAUGGAAAAUACAAAUGACAAGAAUAAAAAUGUUGUGGUGCUGGGUCAUUAUCAGAUGCCGAAGGUGCAAGAGGAGUUUAAGUUUAACAUUGCUCCACCAAGGUCGGCUGGAAUUGAUAAAUCGCCAAUGAGUAAUGACAAUGGCAGAGGACACAAUGAAUUGAUCGCAACGAAUGUGGGCAAAGAAAACCAAGCGUUCGAGUUGAAUUUGAAUCGAAAAGGAAGCGUUGGUAAUAUUAUACCACCACCCAAGGAACCCGUUCGAAAAUAUAGCGGUUUUUUUGCACAUUUUGAAAUGCAUUCACCACAGGAUUAUAUUUCCGAUAUUUAUAACCGAUCAAAGACCUGGCUCAACGAUCAAGAGAGCAAAAUAUUAAAACUUCUGCUAAUCAUCCUGUGCGGCUUAGUGGUGGCCAUGUUUUGGUAUGUGAAAAUUGUGGCGAAUGAAAUGCGAAACCAGAGCCAAAGUGGCUCACAGACAAUGAUGAUGGGUGGAAAGAAGAACGGUGUAUUUGAUGAACUGAUCGAAUUAGGUGACGGUGUUAAUCAAGUUGGGAAAAUUUCAUUCAAUACACUGGAGAUACUUGGCAAAGGGUGCGAAGGAACCUUUGUGUUCCGCGGAACUUUUGAAGAACGAGAUGUUGCCGUUAAAAGAUUACUACCAGAAUGCUUUACGCUAGCCGAUCGUGAGGUUACAUUGCUACGCGAAUCGGAUGCACAUGAAAAUGUCGUUCGAUACUUUUGCACUGAACGUGAUAGACAGUUUCGGUAUAUUGCCGUUGAACUGUGCUCAGCCACCGUUCAAGACUAUACCGAGGGCAAUAUUUCGGAUGAAAUCAAGAAAAGCAUAUCAAUGACAGAGGUGCUACAUCAAGCCACAAAUGGCGUUAUGCAUUUGCAUAGCUUGAAAAUUGUCCAUCGUGACAUCAAGCCACAGAAUAUACUGCUAUCAUUCCCGGAUGCGAAUAAAAAGAUUCGCGUCAUGAUUUCUGACUUUGGAUUGUGCAAAAAGCUGAAUUUUGGCAAGACCAGCUUUUCUCGGCGAUCAGGCAUCACUGGUACCGAAGGGUGGAUUGCACCAGAAAUGCUUAAGGGUCAACGCACGACGACUGCCGUUGACAUUUUUUCACUUGGUUGUGUGUAUUAUUAUGUUAUGUCAAGCGGAAUGCAUCCGUUCGGUGACACAGUCAAACGACAAUUGAACAUUUUGUCAUAUGAAUGCGAUCUCAAACUGUUUAGCAAUCCAGAUAUGCUGGACAGCACCGGUGUACUAGCCGAAGAGCUGAUUAAAGACAUGAUCAGCCGUGAACCAGUCAAACGACCGAUGUGAGUGAUCGCGUCGAAAAGAUUGAUUUCUAUAGUGAUCCACUCAAGACGUUGGAGAAGAAUAGUAAAUACAUAACCAGAGAAGAUUGGAAUCUUCAUUUGGACGAGUCGAUCACAUCAGAUCUUCGCAAAUAUCGUGCAUAUCAGGGCAACAGUGUUCGUGACUUGUUAAGAGCCUUACGGAAUAAGAAACACCACUAUCACGAGUUAUCAGUGGAAACGCAGAUGCGGUUGGGCGCAAUUCCGAAUUCAUUCAUGAAAUACUGGAUCGAUCGUUUCCCGCGCCUAUUGUCACACAGCUACCAUGCACUGCAGUCAUGCUGCAACGAGCCGAUUUUCGGCUGUUAUUACCCAUCAACUUGUUACAUGUUUACAAAACCUCGUUAUUUCUACGAAGACACCGAAGACUUCAAGCCGUUUGACACUGGCACCAAGUCGCGUGACAGUCCCAAGCGAUUCAAUUACAAGCCGAUGAAUUAUCCAAACUUUGUAAUGAAUCGAAAACCAGCUCAAAAGACCCAAAACUAUGGACCGAUGAACGGUGGCGACGGCAAUUCAAAUACGAAUUAUACGCGGGCAACAAAAAAAGGCUCGUACAAUUUUCAUCGAUUUUUCAACAACGACCAAAACGGUGUCAAGCCAGAACCAAACGAAAAUGUCAAGUGGUUUGAUGAUAAUGCAAAGGUGAAUGAUUUUGUGGAAAUCAUCCGAGGCAGUGGCGAUGGAUAUGUCAAGCCGAUUGAAAAGAAUGAAUAUGAGGAAAAAAUUGAGAGUCAUGAAAUUGACCCAUACAUUCCAACUGUUUGGAACGCGGAUUUCGAGAAGAAAGAGGAAAUGAGCAGAGUAGACGACAGUGAGAAGAAGACUGAAAAGGUAGAAAAGAAAAAGUCGGACAAUGCAGUUCAAUCAAAGAAAGAUGAAAAGCAUGAUAAACAGAAAAAGAAGGCAAAAGCUGUCGCCAACAAAGACCCAGAAAACGAUGAUGGAUUUACUAAAGUCAGAUAUCGCGGCCAUAGCACUACAAAGAAACAAAAAAGUGCGGACAAUGUCCCUUGGACUAUGCCCGGCCAAGAGAAAAAGUAGAGCUCUACUCGGUUCUCUUGAGAGAAAACGAAUAAAAGUAUUUUUCUGACAAAAUCCACAUGGAUAUCGAAUAAUAUUGUAUCAGUCAAACAGACAAUACCAUUUUGUAUGCAAUUUCAUGACUAUUUUAGCUGAAAAAAAAAUAAUGUUCAUUCAUUUUUGAAUUCCGUUUAGUGCCUAAAACCAAUGGAAGGCUGCAACAUUCAACAUUCUUAGUUUCAAUUCUGCGCACGUCGCCAUGUCGUGCGUAAAAGUAUUGUUUUGUUGUUGUGUUAUAGUCGUAAAUAACAAAAGAGAAAAACGAUGAAGAAAAAAUCAUGUGUGACAUCAUCAAUGAUAAUAUUUUUUAUAUAAGCACUGAGUAGCACUUGUCUGUGAUAAACGUUGUAUAAGAUCGUAAUUUUAAUUGUAACUUGUUUUUCUUUUGUAAACUACUUAUUCCGCCUUCGUGGAAGAACCAAGGAAAAAAUAUGUGUAAAUAUUUGCAAGUACAUUUUUGGAAUUUAAGCACAAGCACACAUGCACAACCAAUACCAAAAGUAGGUAGAAAAAAACUGAAGUCGCAAUCAUUGUCAUUGUAUCAAAAUUUAAUGUGUCUUUUACUUGCAAAAAUCAAUUUUUCUUUAAAGAAAGAAGUACAAACUCACCAUUCGUGUGAAUUAUCCAAGUUCAACUGUCCUAACAAGAUUUCUAUAUUUUUUCUAUAUCGUUAAAGAAAACCAAUUAUGAAUACAGGCUCAAACAUGUCUUGAACAUCGGAGUCAAGCAUAUAUUGCGUGAAUUUUACGUGAUGAAAAAUACACGAUUUGGAUUUAAGAAAAUUUAUUCGCCAAAAUUAGUAAGAUGGUGUUGAUACGAUGAAUAAAAUAAUUUCAACUAUUAUCUUGAAUAGAAUUGGACCUAUUCCAACUUAUAAAUUGAUAUAUUGUUGAGUUAAGUCUCGAUGCAUGCUACAUUUUGGCGAUUUAGAUUUUUUAAGAAUUGUAGCAAAUGAUGAAAUAAUAAAAAAUAAAUGUGUCUAUUUGUUUAAA